AUGGCCAUCUACCACCUCUCGCUGGCCGUCGUCAACCAGUCCAAGGUCGCCCGCUUCCCGGGGGCAUCCAAGGCGCUCCUUAGCGUCGCGUCCAGCGCCGCCAAGCCCACGCUCAUCCGCAGGCUGAACCUCAUGGUGCUCUGCAACGUGGGCGGCUGCUCGGAGGGCCGUGCCUCUCUGAUGGACGCGGGCGUCGUCGCGGCCAUGUCCGGCAUCCUCCUCUCCUCCCACGGCGUCGCUGAGCUGGAGGAAUGGUGCGUGGCGGUGAUCUACGCGCUGAGCCGCGGCAGCCUCCGGUUCCGCAGCCUGGCGCGCGCGGCCGGCGCGGACAAGGCCCUCCGCUGCGUGGCCGAGGAGGGUGUUGGAAUUAUGCCCUAG